AUGCUUCGCGUCUCGUAUUUAGCCUCCAUCCUCCUCGCCCUCCUCUCUUUCCUGUACUAUCACAAUCUCAAGCCUAUGCCUUCACUUGCUGCCGCGCGUGCUUUCAAUCUGGCUCAUGUCCCCACUUCUUACACUCCCACGGCAAUAUUCGUGGGGGGCACAUCUGGUAUCGGACAGGGCAUGGCUGAGGCAUUCGCGCGUCAUACAAAGGGAAACGCCAGCAUCAUUCUUGUCGGCCGUAACAAGGCUGCUGCAGAGGCUAUCAUUGCAACUUUCCCCAAACCCACAGCACCCGACGUCAAGCAUGAGUUCGUCGAAUGCGACAUUACUCUCAUGAAGAACGCCCGACGUGUUGCAGGAGAGCUGCAGGCCAGAAUACCAAGGAUCAACUUCUUGGUGUUGAGUCCUGGCGUGCUCACACUGGAUGGGCGGAACGAGACAGAGGAGGGAAUCGACCGAAAACUGGCGGUGCAUUAUUAUGGGCGGUGGAGGUUCAUCCGGGAGCUGUUGCCGUCCGUCGAAGCAGCGCAUGCGGCCGGAGAGGAUGCCAAAGUUAUGACGGUACUUGCUGCAGGACACGGUGGAGCAAUUGACUUGGAUGACCUUGGGUUGAAGAAGACAUUCAGUCUACCAAAUGCAGCAAGGGCUGCGCCGACUUACAACGACAUCAUGGUCAAUGAUCUUGCAGCUCGAUAUCCUGGCAUCUCAUUUAUCCACUCUUACCCCGGCGGAGUCAACACUGGUCUCUUGAAGUCGUCUAAUUCGGCUGCCCUCCGCUACAGCCGAUUCCUCACGCCCAUACUAUCGCCCUUUCUCUACACUGUCGAGUCGGCAGGAGAGUACCAGCUGCAUUCUUUAUUGAAGGCGGGCCCUGGAGCCUCGCGCUCAAACCAGCGGGGUGAAGACAUUGGUUUGAAGACUGCAUAUUUUGGGAGCGAAGAGGCUAUGAAACGGCUUUGGAAACACACGGAGGAGGAAACAGCACGUUGA